AUGUUCAUCAAAAGUUCAUCAAGCAAUCGUCCCUUGUUGUCACUUCUUCCAAUGGAGAUCAUAUUGGCGAUCAUUUCUUAUCUUCCUUCCAGAUUUUUGUUUGAUUUAAGAUGUAUUCCAAUCUGGAAGAAAGUAUUUUCGAGAUAUCAUUCUUAUCAUCACCACGACGACGAGAACAAUGAACAAAUGUUUUCCGAUUUACUAUUUGAGAGAUUAAUUCGAAAAAUAUAUGUGAUCAAUUCUGUUGAAUAUUCUACUUUACAAAUAUUUCUGAAAAUAGUCAGUUUGGAAAACAAGUUUAGUUUUAUUGAGCCAAAACAUUUUGUUACUUUUCCAGAGCAAUUUCGAAAUUUGUAUACCGAUAGAAGCAAACUUAAAAUACUCAAAUCCUGGCUUGAUGAACAAUGCUCUAGAAAAGGGGAAGAACAAGCAUGUACUUCAACAACGGAGGAAUUUGAGACACAAAAUGACAAUGAAUCUUGUUUGGAAUUGACUAUUCCUGAUCUUGCACUCAUUUUUGAAUAUGUGUCGAGAUUUAAUUUCUAUUUUCUAUUGCAUUCAUGCCAGAACAAUUUAAAAUUGCUUAGAAACACUGUGGAAGAAUUUAAAGAACCAGUGGAUAUUAGUUGGACAUUUUGUGUAGAUGAUAAAUAUUCGACCCAUACUCAUUGCUUACUUCAUAAAUUUAGGACCAAUAAGAAUUCAACCGUUCAGGAGCAUCUGAAAAUGAAAAGGGGAAUUUGUAUGAGAAUUAGAGGUCAGAUAUAUAAUAGAGAUAUGGUCACAAUGGACAAGCCUCUCAAGAAUGAAACUACCAUCAUGAAUCUUCUCACCAAGAAAAGAAUUAAGAAAAUAAUGAUCUGUGAUGUUUAUGAGAACAUGUGCGUUCCAUUACCAAAGAACAAUCGUUUGGAAAUGCAUUCAGCCUUGUUUUUUGAUUUUAUGCAAUUCAUUGCGUAUGGUCCCUCUAGCAGUUUUCAUCCGCCAAAAGUUGAAGAAUUCAUUAUUCAAAGAUAUUGGCUUCCAUGUUUUAACAACAAUGGAACAAGCUCAAUCACAUGUAGAUCUACAGAAAAUAGAGCAUUUAACGAAAUUGAAAACUUUUUGGGAACAUCCAUCCACUCUCCUCAAACACAAUUUUUUCACAAGUGGUUUUGGAACCUUUUGACUCUUAAUGGUUUUUUUUUUGAUCUUUCUCCAAAGGCCUCCAUUCAAGAAUGCGUUGUGACUUGCUUUCCGUCCACCAAGAAGGUUCUAUUUCAACUCAAACCUAAAUCUGUCAUCAAGGAGUUUUUCAAGGUAGCCUUGCUUGUUAUGUUGUGUUUGGUGUUGUGGAAUUAUUCAUUUCUUUUUUGUUGGAAAAUGUCGAGCAAGUACUUUUUUGAGCCAUUUCAGAUGCCAUUGUGGGAACGUAUUGCAGUGAUUGCAGCAGACCUUUUCACAGUUGUUGUUCCUUACAUUUAUUUCAUUAGAAGUGCCAUUGCUUUGUAUCAUGGAUGUUGGCUCGUGCAUCAUAUUUCAUAUAUAGAAACCUUGUUGAGCUUUACGUUGGGAUUCAGUAUGGUGAGAAUGAUAUUUUCAACCCUGUUCAUGACGUUAACACUGGAAAGAAGUUUGAAAUGGAGAAAUUAA